CCGCGAGGAUGCGACGCCCAUGGACGCCUAUCUGCGGAAACUGGGCUUGUAUCGGAAACUGGUCGCCAAGGACGGGUCGUGCCUGUUCCGGGCCGUGGCGGAGCAGACUUUGGAACGUGGGGUAGCCAAGCCCGCCGAUGUCCACCUGAAUCAGGAGGAGGAAAAUGUGCAGUUCGGGAAAGCCAGACUUUAGGAAAUGUAGAAUGUUCGCAAAGAAUUGUCUUUGAGUAGUUUCCACACAUUUUUAAUGCUCUGCAUGGCAGUGUAGGUGUACUAAAAAUAAUUGACUUAAAAAAAGUCUCUUUUGGAGUUGGUCGUAGGAAAGAAGGGUAUACCUGGGAUUCUUUAGGCGCUUGGCGGAAUUUUUCCCACUUAACGGUCAAAAUCACUUUAUAACACAGUUUUCCGGAGGAUGUUUCUGAUUUUUUUUUUUUUUGGUAAGAGAGCUUAUUCUGUGUUAUAUAACACUAGUUGGUAGAUAUGCGGUCAUCUUAUAUUGAAAAAUAGCUGUUGAAAUAGUUGGACAAAAGUUUCACAUUACUGCCCUGGUGUGUAUUUCCUACAGUUCACAGUUUGCUUUCCUUUGGCCUUAGAUCCACCCCUCCCGUUUCUUCCCCUCUGGAGUUUUUCUGUUUCUCUCACCUUUUUCGAAUGCUAAGUAGCUUUCAAAAUUUCUAUUUGUGAGUAAAUGUUUUAUUUAACAUCUAUAGACCAAGUCUGUUAUUUUUUUCAGUGUCCAAAGGCCAGCCAUUUAUUUUCCAAAGGCCCUCCUUUUCACAUCAGUAGCAUGACAUCUUUUUUUGUUUAAACAAGAAAUUGAUUUAGCUGGUCCGAACCUUUGCAUUUUGUUGCAGGCAUUGUCAUUCAAAUAUUCUUCACAAAGCUUCCCAAAUCAAGCUCUUUUUCAGUUCAAUCGAUUUCUCUUAUUUUUAGAAUUUUAGAAUGUUCUGAUGUUGCUUUGGAAUAUGUUCACACAAACACCCCAGUCUUUACUAUUAGUAGGUAAACAGUCUGUCCCGUUCAAGAGUUUUCUGGAUCUCCAUCUGUCCUGCUUCCUCUGCCUCAGCCUCCCUGGACUCCUCAGCACCUCCAGAAACAGAAGGAAGAGGUGCUGCACUCUCAGUCUCGUCAUGUUGAAGUCAGAAUGGCCUGCAUUCAUUAUCUGCGAGAGAACCGAGAGAAGUUUGAAGCGUUUAUAGAAGGGUCAUUUGAAGAAUAUUUAAAACGUUUGGAAAAUCCACAGGAAUGGGUCGGACAAGUGGAAAUAAGUGCCCUUUCUCUUAUGUACAGGAAAGAUUUUAUAAUUUACCGGGAACCAAAUGUUUCUCCUUCACAAGUAACUGAAAAUAAUUUUCCUGAAAAGGUAUUACUUUGUUUUUCAAAUGGAAAUCAUUAUGAUAUUGUCUAUCCCAUAAAGUAUAAAGAGAGCUCUGCUGUGUGUCAGUCUCUACUUUAUGAAUUGCUGUAUGAGAAGGUAUUUAAAACUGAUGUUAGUAAAAUCUUGAUGGGACUAGACACCUCUGAAGUAGCUGAUGAAAACAGCAGUGAAAUAUCAGAUUCAGAGGAUGACAGUUGCAAGAGUAAAACUACCACUGUUAAUGAUGUGAAUGGAUUUAAAUCUUUGUCAAGUGAUCAGCAUCCGAAAAGCAAUGGGAACUCUCCUAGCCUUCCUUUGUCUAGAAAGGUUCUUAAGUCACUCAAUCCAGCAGUCUACAGAAAUGUGGAAUAUGAAAUUUGGCUGAAGUCUAAACAAGCUCAACAGAAACAUGAUUACUCUAUUGCUGCUGGCUUACAGUAUGAAGUUGGAGAUAAAUGCCACGUUAGGUUGGAUCACAGUGGAAAAUUUUCUAAUGCAGACUUUCAAGGGGUUCACUCUGAGAACGGGCCAGUUUUGGUCGAAGAACUUGGAAAGAAACACUCACUGAAGAACCUCAAACCGCCUCCCUCAGAAAGCUGGAACACGGUGUCAGGGAAGAAGAUGAAAAAACCUCCCUCCGGACAGAAUUUCCAUUCUGACAUGGAUUACAGAGGGCCAAAGAACCCAAGCAAGCCAAUAAAAGCCCCGGCAGCACUACCUCCUCGACUCCAGCAUCCUUCAGCAGUGAGACAGCAUGCAUUCUCCAGUCAUUCUGCAGCAUCGCAGUCUCAGAAACCCUCCAGCGAGCACAAAAAUCUUAGCAGGACACCCUCACAGAUCAUAAGAAAACCUGAUCGUGAGAGAGCUGAGGAUUUUGAUGCCACGACUCGAGAAUCUAAUUAUUUUGGCCUCUCUCCAGAAGAGCGCAGAGAGAAGCAAGCUAUAGAAGAAUCUCGUUUACUCUAUGAGAUUCAGAACAGAGAUGAACAGGCUUUCCCAGCCCUUUCUAGCUCAUCAAUCAGCCAGUCAGCUUCUCAGAGCAGCAAUCCAGGCGUCCAGAGAAAAUCAUCACAUGGAAGCGAAAGAAAAGGAAGCAGGCGGAGAAUGGACACCGAAGAACGAAAAGAUAAAGACUCUGUCCAUGGACAUAUUCUGUUGGAUAAAAAACCCGAGCCAGGCACAUUGGAGAACAUUAGCAGUGAUAAGUGUGCAAGGAUUUUAUCACCAUCAAAGUCAAAGAAAUUAGAGUGCCCACCUCCUACAGAACAAAAGCCAGCAGAACAUGUGUCUCUGUCAAAUCCAGCUCCCCUUCUAGUGUCUCCAGAGGUACAUCUAACUCCUGCGGUGCCUUCUUUACCAGCCACUGUGCCAGCCUGGCCAAGUGAACCUACAACUUUUGGACCAACAGGUGUCCCUGCUCCAAUACCUGUUUUGUCAGUGACACAAACUCUGACCACUGGACCUGAUUCUGCUGUGUCCCAAGCUCAUUUAACACCCUCUCCAGUUCCUGUGUCAAUACAGGCUGUUAGCCAGCCCUUGAUGCCUUUGCCUCAGACAUUGAGCCUUUACCAAGACCCACUCUAUCCUGGGUUUCCUUGUAACGAAAAGGGAGAUCGAGCCAUUGCACCACCUUAUUCACUGUGUCACACUGGGGAGGACCUGCCUAAAGAUAAGAACAUUCUUCGAUUCUUCUUCAAUCUGGGUGUAAAGGCAUAUAGUUGUCCUAUGUGGGCCCCACAUUCUUACCUGUACCCUCUGCACCAGGCCUACCUGGCAGCCUGCAGGAUGUACCCAAAGGUCCCUGUCCCUAUGUAUCCUCAAAAUCCUUGGUUCCAAGAAGCUCCUUCUGCUCAGAAUGAAAGUGAUUGUACCUGUCCGGAUGCACACUUCCCCAUGCAGCCUGAGGCCAGUGUUAAUGGUCAGAUGCCGCAGACAGAGAUUGGACCGACGUUUUCUUCACCCCUGGUUAUCCCUCCAUCUCAGGUGUCUGAAAGUCAUGGACAGUUGUCUUAUCAGGCAGACCUGGAAUCUGAAAACUCUGGGCAGCUUCUUCAUGCUGAAUAUGAAGAGUCUCUGAGCGGCAAGAACAUGUUCCCGCAGCCGUCCUUUGGACCGAACCCAUUCUUAGGCCCAGUUCCCAUCGCACCUCCUUUCUUUCCUCACGUUUGGUAUGGGUACCCUUUUCAGGGAUUCAUAGAAAAUCCAGUAAUGAGGCAGAAUAUUGUUCUGCCCUCUGAUGAGAAAGGAGAAUUGGAUCUGCCCCUGGAAAAUCUGGAUCUUUCUAAAGAAUGUGCUUCAGUUUCAGCAGCAGAUGAGUUUCCUGAGGCCGGAGGGGAAGACACCCAUCCUCUCCCUGAAGCCAGUGUGAGCAAGCACGAAGCCCGGGCGGAACAGUCUUCCCAGACACCUAAGGCAGACGUGGUGCUGGCUCCUGUCCCUCCUGUAGCAGAGGGAAAGGCUCAUCUUUCCACUCAGAUUCUAAACAGAGAGAGAGAAACUGUGCCUAUUGAACUCGAGCCUAAAAGGACCAUUCCAAGUCUGAAAGAAAAGCCAGAAAAAGUGAAAGAUCCUAAGACUGCUGCUGAUGUGGUCAGUGGGGCCAACUCUGUGGAUCACAGAGUGCAGAGACCAAAAGAGGAGAGUUCAGAGGAUGAAAAUGAAGUGUCUAAUAUUCUGCGAAGUGGUAGAUCCAAGCAGUUCUAUAAUCAAACUUACGGAGGCAGGAAGUACAAAAGCGACUGGGGCUAUUCUGGGAGGGGAGGCUACCCACAUACGAGAGGGGAGGAGUCCUGGAAGGGGCAGCCAAGCAGAAGCCGAGACGAAGGUUAUCAGUACCAUCGGAAUGUCAGAGGACGGCCGUACAGGGGGGAUAGGAGGAGGUCAGGGAUGGGAGAUGGCCAUAGGGGACAACACACUUGAUGGUAUUGCUGCGGUGUUUUAGAGCAGAGGCCCUUUCUUAGGUGGAAUAUUUCUGAAGGCUUUAAAAAAUAUAUUAAAAUAAAAACCCAAAUUGGAACUCUCUCCUCCCCUCCCCCUUUACCCUCACUCUAAUUCUGGACAAGAGAUUUUGGAUAUGCGUUUAAGGGGGCGGGUGAAUUCCUGGUGUUGCCAUUUGUCUUCGUUCAAAAUCUGUCUAUUUAUCGGGUGACUGCCCCCAUAAAAAGUAGGAAAUAAGUUUGUUAAAGUAUUUUUUAUAAACAGCUUAAUAUAAAACAUUAUAGAUUUAGUGUUUGAUUUUUUUUUCCUUAUGUAAGUUUAAUUUCAAAUGUUGGAAAUGUGUGCUUUAUAGUGUUUACUAAAGUGACAAAAUACACCAUUUGACACACUAUAGAUUCCAAAACAUAACAUUGCACCAAAUAGAAAUGUAUAUUUUAUUAUGCAAUGCCUUAGUCGUAAACUGGGCUCAAACAAUUCUUAGCCUAAAACACUGUUGUCUUUUGAAAUGCUUCCAACCCAAAGGCCUUUUCAUCUCAAUAUCUGUCAAACUUGAAUAAUGUCUUCUCUUUAAUAUUACACAUAAGGCAGCCUAUUAACCUGUGUCUUAGAAAUGUUGUAUAUAGUUCUUUUAAUAUUCAUAGGGUAUAUUUUUGAAUUUUGGUGAGUAUUUGUUGAACUUGAGAUUGCAUACAAGAAUAGAUGUCUAAGAAAUAAUAGGAAAUCUAAUGAAAUGGCUGUUCCCACCAAGAAUUCUUAGCACUGGUGUAAAUAUCAUGGUGCCUACUCGAAAGAAAUGUAGAUGCUAUGCAUUUUGAAAAUAAUCUGCAUCUGUUAAAACUGCAGAAGUUUUUUAAUGCCACUUUAACACUAAUGCACUGACAGAUUUAAAUAUUUUGUGAGAAGAAAUGUUAAAAAUUUUUAGCUUGACAGGUUUCUAUAGAGUUACUGUUUCAUUUUCCUCUUUGCACCAUCAGUUAUGCGUACCACUUUACAUUUGCAUGUUCAAUUUGUCACGGCUGGAACUAUUGUACAAAAAGGAUGAUUGUGACUUUGAGUUCUUUCCUAGAGGAUGCUGCUAGACAAUGAAUUUGCUUUGCAUUUUAUAGACCCCUUCGGUAACGUCUUUGAUCCUGCUUCCUUCCUUCCAGUCUCUGCAGUAUUCACUAGACGUGCCCCUUGCAUGUUGCACUCUGUUCCCAUUUGGAGAUUUGAUUCUCUGAAUUAACACAGUGUUCAUUCAUCUGUGUUACUAUGUAAAAAUAAGUGUAGCUUAUAUUUCUUAUUUGUACAUACCAAUGUGAAAUUCUACCCUUUUUUGUUUUCCUUUGAUCAGGAAGUUUAAGUGCUAUGCAAAUAAUGUAGUAAUUUCUCUUUGCAUGCCAUGUGUAAUAUACCUAGCCAAAAGUAGAUUUUUUUUUUUUUAAGCAAUUACUUUAAAAGCAAAUACAAUUCACUUGAAUUUGACAAACUGAAGCAGAUGAGUUUUCUGGGUUCUCUGAUAACCUACGGGAAUGUUUGGAUGCCAGCUAGGCUCAGUGAAUCUCCACUGUACUGUAAUAAUGGUUGUUUACCUCUGUGUUGUUUUAAUUACCUGAUGUCUGUGUAACUGCUGAUUUGAGUAGUGACUAGUGUGUAGAUGAUUUGUAACAUAGGAUUUUAGAGAGCACUUUGAAAGAUAACAUUUUAUUAUGAUGGUGCUAGGUAAAAAUUUGUGAAGACUGGGAUGGUUGUGUGGAAAAGAAAAAAAUUCUUGAGAGAACCCGUUGAAAGGAAUUUCUGUUGUCACCUUCUAAGCUAGAACAGCUGGGGAAGGUACUGCUUAAGCAUUUUUUUUCUUAAAGUCAGCAGUUGUUAUGGAAUAAGAUGAGAGGGUCCUCCGCUUUCAGCUCAUGCUUUUAUAUGUAGGAUUAGCUUCCCUGAUAAUUUUAAUGAAAAUUACAUUAGAUAUAAUGACCAGACUUAAAAGUUCAGUGUAAGUUUGAUCUCAGGAGUCCAAAAGAAAUCACUAUUUCCUGUGUCCUUUGUUUUAUUGACUGGGAUUUGAUUGUCUCAGUUUCUUCUGGAAAUGUUUAAAAAUUGGAUAGGAAAAAUUACUGUUUAUUUCUUCACUAUCACUCUGUCUUACCUCAGUCGAGUAACAGAAUACUCUGUAGUUCCUGAAGGAAGUGCUGAUUUGCUUUCUGUUUCCUGUACUUACCUCCAGGACAUGAUGGAAACAGUGCUGAAAGAGAACUUUAGCAGUUGGUACUUUACUCAGUGACCUCUGGAAUAAGAAUAAAAACUCUUGACUUUUGAUUAUUAGUUUUUUUAAAAUUAAUCUGUCUUUACAUGAAGGUCAGUUUUGUUUUUUUCCUUUAGGUUCGUUUUCAAUGUAUUAGUCCAGGGGUUUUGCCUUAUGCUGAGGUCAAACUAGGGCCAAGCAAGCUUUUGUCCUCCUUCAUUUUAACUGAGUCAUAUGGUAUGUUGACGUGAGAUAAAAUGUUUCAGAGAAAAGCAAAAGCUUAGAAGUGAGAGUCAUUUGUAUUUUUGAGUGGGAAAUUAUGGAACUUAGUCUAUUAUGAUCAUAUACAUUUUGAAGAACAAAUAUUUAGAAUGACCAAAGCUCACCUGUUCUUUACAUUUUGGUGGCUUUUGCUAAACUUGAUUCUAGCCCCUUUCCUUUAGUAUUGUGUAUAUUUCUCUUCAUUUCCGCUCAGAUAAAUCUUCAGUUCUUGCUCCUCGUAUCUGUUGGCGGCAGGUUGCUAGCAUCUGUGUUGUCCUUGUCCUGUUUCCUGGUAAUAACCUGUAUGUUCAUUUUCAUGGCUGACCUAAGCUCAGACCCUGCCUUGGCCUGGCAGGUGUAGUUUUUCCCUACUGAUACAUUAUCAUAUUUGAUGCAAACUAUAUAUCCUUUCAUUUCAUUGUGUUUCCUUUGUGACUCAAGGUUGAAUAAUGCCUGUGAACUGCAAACUUGCUUAUGAUUGACUUGGUGCAAUAAAUUUCCUUUCUAACCAUUUCUGGUUUAGAAAACAUUCAGCCAUCCUAGAAACUAGCAAUAUUUAUUUAUGCCUCAUUUAUUUUACCUUAGUCUUUCACUUGUGGGUACUAAGCAAGGUCCAUUUUAGUGUAGCUGAAGAGAAUGCAAAUCUGGCUACACUAUUUCUGUUUACUGUAUUUUGCUUCCUAUUUAAUGUCUAAAUGCUAUUGUGUUGUUUCAAAUCUUAAUAAUGGCUCAGUUCCAGUAUGUCAAUUUCAGAGAACUAAGGUUUUGCUAGUAGUGUCAGCCACUUACUCUCCCACUAAUUGGGAUUUCCCACUAAUUUAGGUUUUCUUCUCCCUUGAAAUACAAAUUUUAGAAGAUCCUACAAGAGGGGUGGGUGCAUGUCUUAAUGCUGGGAAACAGCAACUUUGGGGUUGAAUUUACUUGAAUGGAUUAAAAAUUGCAUUGUUACAGAGCUAGAAAAAAAUUUAUGAAAAAUGAUAAUAGCCUUACACUGAGUACAAAUAAUACUUAAAGCAUGUGAAGAUGUGAUCAUUUGUGAUGUUACUUGUAAAAAAAGUAUAUCUACAUCUUUUGAAGUGUUGAAAGGAAAAUAGUACUUUAUAUUCUGUAUCAUAUCACUUUUUGUAAGUGUUGAAUAUAUUCCUGUUUAUUUUUCUAUGUUCUGUUUUGUAGCCUUAAGAAGUGUUUCAAACAUAUCUGAAUGUAUAAAAUAAGAGUAAAUGCCCUACAUGGUGUGAUGCUGCAUUAUAUAUAAAACUGUGUGCAUAUAUUAAAUUUUGUCUCGAUUCUG